AUGAGACCAAUGCAAGAUGCCAGGCAUUAUACCACAACACCCAAAUAUUCCGGCAAGGUCCUUGUCCAGGGCACCGAGGAUUACGAGCGAUGCCGCCGCAUGAACCCUAGUGCAGAUACCCCUGAUCGCUUUCCUCGUGAAAUCCACCUGCCCGAGUCACCGUCCGACGUGUCUCAAGCGCUUAAACGCGCCGCACAGCUCAAGACAACCGUCGGCGUCCGGUCCUCGGGUCACAUCAUGAACUUUCCCGGCGCUAUCCAAGACGGUAUUCUGAUCGACACGCUGAACCUCAACCGCCGGAUUGAGUACGAUCCCGUGAGCCAAGAGAUUUGCUUCGGCCCAGCAUGCCGUGUCGAGGAGCUCGCGGCCAAACUCAAGGAAGUCAACCGCUUCUUCCCUCACGGGCACGCCCCCACGGUUGGUUCGGCUGGAUUUCUACUCGCCGGCGGGCAAGGCUGGUUCGUGCGAGGCUGGGGCGCAACUAGCCAAACGUGGAUCACCAAGAUCGAGAUGGUUGUCCCGGACGGCCGCACCGUCAUCGCCAGCCGAACCGAGAACCAGGACCUGUUCUGGGCCGCCCGCGGAAGCGGACUGGCCUUCUUCGCCGUGGUGACGCGGUUCUGGGGCCGCACCAUCGAGCGUUCCAACAUGUGGGAGACGAUUCUCAAAUUCGAGAUCAAUUCGGCCAACUACCUGCCACUUAUGACGUGGGCCAUUGAGCGUGGCCGCGACACUCCCAAGUAUGGCACCGACUUGAACAUGACGAUUGACUAUCCCGAGAAGUACGACCCGAAAUACACGACCGACGAAGCCCCCAAGCAUGGCAAACUGCAAAUGACUCUAAACAUUCUCUGCUACUGCGACACGCUUCGUGAAGCGCAAACGUUGCUUGGCGCGUAUGAGAAGUUUACCCCCGAGGUGCGCGACGCCCUAGUUCGCCUCGAACCUGUACAGCCGCGGACUUUUGAGUUUGUGUUCGACCGCAAACGAGGCUUUCUCGGCAACGGCAAGCAAGAGAGGUGGCAGAUAAACAGCAUCAUGAACGAUCCCAAGGUACCGCUUGAUCAACUUCUCACGGCUAUAAAGCCCUGCAUGCUUGAGCUGCCUACGCGGACCACGUCCGUCUUUCUUUGCCACUGCGACAUUAUCCCCAACGAAGAAGAUGCCGCCUUGAGUUUGCCGCAAGACCUCUACAUCUCUACCAUAACCGGCUGGAGCGAUCCCGCCUUGGAGCCGGCCAUAUACCAGCCCAUGAUUGAGCGCUACAGACGGGCUUUCCCGGUCGCCAUAGGCCAAUACAUUACAGAGUUGGAUGUGAAUAAGGAAGAAGCAAAUUGCAGGGUCCUUAGCGACACGGCUCUCGCCAAGUUCCUCAAGAUUCGGGAGAAGUGGGAUCCUCAGGUGCUGUUUCCUAAUUACAAGGCACUUGUCAAAACUCACGACAAGAUGGCUCAAUUGGAGAAGAGGAACGCGCACUUGUAG